GCGAGGGUGGGUCGGAGCUAGGGUGGGUUUACUUUGCAGGCUGGAGUAGGACACGUGGCUUGUGCCAUACACCCACUCAACCCCCACCCCCUUCCCCCUCGGGCUCCACGGUACCGCAUUGGCAUCAGUGAAGGCACCUGAGCACCACCUUCCAUCUUGCAUGAAAAGGAUAUCAUAAGGCCCACACGACGGUGCUUCUUUAUCCAGGUGCGUAAAAACGCUUUUACGCACAGAAUCUGGAGCCAAAAGAAGUGAAGUGGGCUUUUUUUCUCUCUCGUAGAGCAUCAGAGCUCAAGGAGGAGGAGGAGAAAGGGAGCAAGAUGCAGAAGCGGAGCAGCGACGUCUGAAGGUGAAAUGAACCUGAGGAGACGCACACUGAGAAAAAAGUGGAGAUAGCAACUAAAAAGCCGUCAGUGUCUUCAUUGUAAUAUUUUGCUUUUUUCUCAUCUCUUACUUCAAGCGUGGAUGCAAAGCUCACACCCAAAGUAGCCUCUCUUUUUUGGUCACCGGCGGGAGGGGAGAAGCAGAAAUUAAGUUGCAACACCGCGCGCAAACAUGGCGACCUUAAUUAGGAGCAAGCUGUCGAAUAAACUGUCGAACGCGGCGACGACCGUCACCAACAAAUCGCAGGCGAAAGUCAGCGGCAUGUUCGCCAGGAUGGGCUUCCAGGCCGCGACCGACGAGGAGGCGCUGGGCUUCGCCGCCUGCGACGACCUGGACUACGACCACCGGCAGGGCAUGCAGAUGGACAUCCUGGCGACCGACGACAAGCCCGGGGAGGGCGUCGGGGAUGGUGACGGGCUGGAGGGGGACAGCCACUACCAGAGGGAUGGCACCGGGCCGUCGCGGUCAGCAUCAAAGGACGGAGGUUCGACCAACGAACUGGCGGAGGUCAGACCCAAGAUCACAGCUUGGGAGGCGGGAUGGAACGUCACCAACGCCAUCCAGGGGAUGUUCGUGCUCGGGCUGCCCUACGCCAUCCUCCAUGGGGGCUACCUCGGACUCUUUCUCAUCAUUUUCGCCGCCGUGGUGUGCUGCUACACGGGCAAAAUCCUCAUCGCCUGUCUGUACGAGGAGGACGAGGACGGACGCCUGGUCCGCGUCCGGGACUCCUACGUGGACAUUGCCAACGCCUGUUGCGCACCCCGGUUCCCCACGCUGGGGGGCCACGUCGUGAAUGUAGCCCAGAUCAUCGAGUUGGUGAUGACGUGCAUCCUGUACGUGGUGGUGAGCGGCAACCUGAUGUACAACAGCUUCCCCAACAUGCCCAUCUCGCAAAAGUCCUGGGCCAUCAUCGCCACCGCGGCCCUGCUGCCCUGCGCCUUCCUCAAGAACCUCAAGGCCGUGUCCAAGUUCAGCCUGCUGUGCACCCUGGCCCACUUCGUCAUCAACAUCCUGGUGAUCGCCUACUGCCUGUCCAGGGCGCGGGUGUGGGCCUGGGACAAGGUCAAGUUCUACAUCGACGUCAAGAAAUUCCCCAUCUCCAUCGGCAUCAUCGUCUUCAGCUACACGUCGCAGAUCUUCCUGCCGUCGCUGGAGGGCAACAUGCAGAAGCCCAGCGAGUUCCACUGCAUGAUGAACUGGACGCACAUCGCCGCCUGCAUCCUCAAGGGCCUCUUCGCCCUGGUGGCCUACCUGACGUGGGCCGACGCCACCAAGGAAGUCAUCACGGACAACCUGCCGCCGGGCAUCCGCGCCGUGGUCAACAUCUUCCUGGUGGCCAAAGCCUUGCUCUCCUACCCGCUGCCCUUCUUCGCCGCCGUCGAGGUCCUGGAGAAGAGCUUCUUCCAGGAAGGGGGCCGCGCCUUCUUCCCGGACUGCUACGGCGGCGAUGGACGGUUGAAGUCGUGGGGGCUGACGCUGCGCUGCAGUCUGGUGGUUUUCACGCUGCUCAUGGCCAUCUAUGUGCCGCACUUCGCUCUGCUCAUGGGUCUGACAGGCAGCUUGACAGGGGCGGGUCUGUGUUUCUUGCUGCCCAGCCUCUUUCACCUAAAGCUGCUGUGGAGGAAGCUGCAGUGGCACCAGGUCUUCUUUGACGUGUCCAUCUUCGUCAUAGGCGGUAUAUGCAGCAUAUCCGGCUUCAUCCACUCCACGGAGGGGCUCAUAGAGGCUUUCAGAUACAACAUAGAGGAAUAGAAGCGAUCCGCGCGCGCGCACACACACCCACCCAAAGCCAAACAUCUGCUGGCCCUCUUCUGGCUUCUUUAGUUCAUGCGUAAAAAUGCGCGCAUGCUCGCAACCAUACACGUGCAGCUUUAGGGAAACCACGCACACCUGCGAGGUCAAGAUGAGGUACAACUAUUAUGGUAGGGAUUUAAAGUGUGUGUGUGCGUGAGUGAGAGAGAAAAGGAGAGCGCGAGAGAGAGCGAGGCCUUGCAUUAACAUGUCAAAAUAUUCAAACACAGGAUUAUAAUACUCACAAAGGUGAUUGGACGUUAAGUGCAAAAAAUAUAUGUCACUUUACCUUAAUCUGUUUGAAUUUCAUUAUUUAAAAUAAUUUAUUGAGGGAAACAUGCAAUAAAUUCACAAACGGUCAGCGACAAUGUAAAAAAAAAAAACAGCAGUAGAAAUACUCGUGGGUGCAUUUUAAUUAUGAAUAAUAAAUUAAAAUAAAUGAAAGAUAUUUCCGUAGGAAAUUGGACCUAAGCAUCUUUUCAAACUAUGCAUUGAAUGUAUGAUAUUUCUCGCACACACAAACAAAACAAAACACUUGGUAGUGAAUAUUUAAAAACUAUAUAUAUCGAUUAUUCUUAGUGGUAGAUUGGAUUCAUUUUUUAGCAUUUCUUAAUCUUCGAUUGGCAGAUAAAAUUAAACUCCGACUGCAACAUUUCGUCAUCACAUUCCAAACACAUGGCCUGUUCUCAACAUGAAUUUGAUAUACAACUUCUGUCUUGAAAUUCGGUGUAUGGGGGGAAAAAAAUAAGAGAGGGGGGGAUGUGCAUACAGACAUUUUUCAUUCUGUGCAAUCAAAAUGGGUCCUGUGGAAAUGUUAUUUUAAAAAAAAAACAAUACGUGUAGUGUGUUUAUUGUGGUUUCAAAACAGAUGGAAUGUAUAUCUCAAAGUCGUUAUCAUAUAUCGUGGAAAAUUAAUAAAGAAUAAAGAUUAAGUGAAAUUAUAUUGUCAAAAUAAAAUGUGUGUGGUCUUAUGUAACACUAAAACGGUCAGAACAUGUAUUUUUUCUCUCCACCUCCUCGGUAAUAAAGGACGGAAAAUGAUGUAGAUGCACUCAUGU